GCAGGCAGCGCGUGGGAGGACGCAAUGCCGCCUAAAUCGGACAGCGUCGAAGGAAUCGUCCUCAACUUCGUCAACGAGCAAAACAGGCCAUUGAAUUCUCAGAAUGCAGCUGAUGCACUACAGAAGUUCAGUCUUAAGAAGACUGCGGUGCAAAAGGCACUGGAUGCAUUGGCUGAAAGUGCUCAGAUAUCCUUCAAGGAGUAUGGAAAGCAGAAAAUCUACCUUGCUCGGCAAGAUCAGUUCGACAUUCCAAAUGGGGAAGAACUUGAGCAGAUGAAGAAAGCAAAUAGCAAGCUACAGGAAGAAAUCGCGGAGCAAAAGAAAAUUACUAGUGAGGUCGAAUCUGAGAUAAAAUCUCUGCAGUCAAACUUGACAUUGGAAGAGAUCAGGUCAAAGGAGGCUAUAUUGCAAAGUGAAGUCCAGGAAAUGGAAGAAAAAUUAAAUAAACUGCAGAGUGGUGUGAUCUUGGUGAAGCCUGAAGACAAGAAGAUAAUUGAAGAGUCCUUCUCUGAGAGAGUUACCCAGUGGAGAAAGAGAAAGAGGAUGUUCAAGGAGCUAUGGGAUAAUAUUACGGAGAACAGCCCCAAAGAUCAGAAGGAAUUUAAGGAAGAACUUGGUCUUGAGUAUGAUGAAGAUGUUGAUGUGACCAUCCAACCGUACAGUGAAAUGCUGGCGAGUCUCAACAAAAGGAGAAAGGUUUCUCGCUGAUGAUGUAGCAUGAGAGUAUGUCAGAUCAGAUGUAUGUCACAGCAGUUUUAUCAGCCCAACAGCUCCAUGGUGUUGCUAGUUUCUUAGGCAGGGUCUUCUUUUUAGACUUCUAGUUGGUCCAGUCACAUGAUGUUGCCUGCUGAUAACAUAUGUCUGCUCCGAGCACACUAGCUGGUAGCCUAACUUAUUGUUUAUCUCACAAGUAUUGAGUGUUGCAGCAUGUUUUCGAGCCAGCCGUGUAACAGAAAUUCUUCAUCGUCUUUAAUCUAUCU